AUGUGCCUGCAUAUGCUAUAUGAGAGUGAACAAAAGCACCUCAACGGCGUGCCCCUCACCCCUCUGAACCUAGCUUGCCAUCCACAUCUUCCCUUCCCCAGCGCUCACAGAUUCCCUGUUCCAGCGCCCGCACCUCUCUCCCCGGCAUCUCCCUCGCUCCCCACGUCCUCUUCCGUGCUUCCCCCCAUCCCCUUCCCUGCUUCCCCCCAUCCCCUUCCCUGCUUCCCCCCAUCCCCUUCCCUGCUUCCCCCCAUCCCCUUCCCUGCUUCCCCCCAUCCCCUUCCCUGCUUCCCCCCAUCCCCUUCCCUGCUUCCCCCCGUCCACUCCCCUGCUUCCCCGCAUCCCCUGGCCUGCUUCCCUCCGUCACUUCCCCUGCUUCCCCCCGUCCCCUCCGCUGCCUCCCCCCAUCCCCUUCCGUGCUUCCCCCCAUCUCCUUCCCUGCUUCCCCCCAUCCAAUUCCCUGCUUCCCCCUAUCUCCUUCCCUGCUUCCCCCCAUCCCCUUCCGUGCUUCCCCCCAUCCCCUUCCAUGCUUCCCCCCAUCCCCUUCCGUGCUUCCCCCCAUCCCCUUCCGUGCUUCCCCCCAUCUCCUUCCCUGCUUCCCCCCAUCUCCUUCCCUGCUUCCCCCCAUCCCCUUCCCUGCUUCCCCCCAUCUCCUUCCCUGCUUCCCCCCAUCCAAUUCCCUGCUUCCCCCCAUCUCCUUCCCUGCUUCCCCCAAUCCCCUUCCGUGCUUCCCCCCAUCCCCUUCCAUGCUUCCCCCCAUCCCCUUCCGUGCUUCCCCCCAUCCCCUUCCCCCAUCCCCUUACGUGCUUCCCCCCAUCCAUUUCCCUGCUUCCCCCCAUCUCCUUCCCUGCUUCCCCCCAUCUCCUUCCCUGCUUCCCCCCAUCCCCUUUCGUGCUUCCCCCCAUCCCCCACCAUGCUUCCCCCCAUCCCCUUCCGUGCUUCCCCCCAUCCCCUUCCGUGCUUCUCCCCAUCCCCUUAUGUGCUUCCCCCCAUCCAUUUCCCUGCUUCCCCCCAUCUCCUUCCCUGCUUCCCCCCAUCCCCUUCCGUGCUUCCCCCCAUCCCCUUCCAUGCUUCCCCCCAUCCCCUUCCAUGCUUCCCCCCAUCCCCUGGCCUGCUUCCCCUCAUAAUCUCCCUCUACAGGAACCCCCAUCCCUGCCUUUUCCUCCCACCCUCCUUCCCCCACUCUCCUUCCUCCUGCACUCUCUCCCUCCGUCCUCUUACACUCUCACUCUCCUGCACCCUCUGCCCUGUUCCCCCCUGCCCUCCCCAUCCCUGCCUUUUCCUCCCUGCUCCGCCCUUCCCUCCCCCAGCCGUUCUCAACCCUUCCCUUCCUUUUCAUGCCCUGCCCUUCCCCCUCACUCCUCACCUUCGGCCCUCUAA